AUGGUGCGCCACCCACUUUUGGAUUUGCCAGACGAAUUAAUGGUCAUGAUAUGCCACUAUCUGCCAUUCAAAGAUCUUCGUACCCUCGCGCGGGUCCACAGGAAAAGAAUCACAGGUAUUGCGACUGAGGCCCUGUUUCGUCGAGACGCCACUACUCGCAACUCGUCUGCAAUCCUGUGGGCAGCCAACGCCAGCGGCGCCUCUGUUGCAUAUGCGCACAUGGCUAUGGCAAUUUUGCAGGACAGCGUCAAGUAUGGAGGAGACGUGAACGCGAUUCAUUGCAGAAAUGAUGCUGUUUGCACUGCAAUCCACGUUGCGGUAGCUCAUGGCCAAAAAGGCUUCGUCGAUGAAUUAAUCUACUACCGCGCGAAGAUCAACACACCCAGCGUCAGACUGUGGAAGUUUUUGAAAGUCGGCCGAUACAACAAAAGCUUAGAUCGCGCCACACAACUUUGCAAAUUCGCUAAGCAGACGAAAAUACAAGAUUAUUGCUGGUUUCCUUUAUUGCCUGCCUUGUUCCGACAGAAGCCCCAGAUUGCCGCGCUGCUGGUUCGGCAAGGACAUACUGGUUACCUUGCGCUUGACCGCAAAGAUAUUUUUGUACCCCCGCUACUUCAACGAACGCGCACGAAUACGGCAUAUACGGUAAAUCAUUUCCUUGCAGAGCAAAACCCGUUCCCCGACCAUCCAGAAGCUGUGAAGAGUUUGUUUGAGCGCUUCGGCGGAGAGGGUGCGCUCGUGGAGCCCGGAUCAGGGAUGCCUCCGCUGAUGAAGGCCAUUGAGGUGGGAAAUGAGAUUGCAGUGGACGUCUUUCUCUCGUUCCCGCAAGAUCUCAAUGCCGUCUCACCACUUGGAUGGUCCAUGCUGUGCUAUGCUGUCGAGGGGGCUGCGUCACGUUUAAUGCCUAAACAGAGAAACUGGAGCGCAACAGUCGUCAAACGACUUCUCGAAAAAGGUGCCGGCGUAAAUGUUGGGGGCCCUUCGUCGCCUUUACGGCUGGCCGUCACGUCUGCUCUGCAGGAUGAGAUAGUGACCGAUCCAACCCAUACAAAAAGAAUGAGGCAGAUUAUUGGACAUCUACUGGACUACGGGGCAGAUGUGCAUGCUCCUAUGGAGGGCGGCCUCAACCUAGGUCAAUACAUAUUUCUUGAGAUGCAAGAAAAGAACGAGCGGCAUUUGCUUCGUGAUCUUUUUCUCCAAUUCUUGGAUUAUGGAUUGCGCGUUGACGACCUGUUGCCAGAUGGAAAUUCUCUCUUUGGAAAAGCUCUCAAUUCGAGUGCCAUAGGCAAAACACUGAUGGCUGAUAUAGUGGACCGCGGUGUUCGCCCUGCACCACACGAGUGUGAUCAAGUCCUACAACUCUGGUUGGACAAGUCCAAGACACUGCCCAAGAAAAUAGAGCAAGAACUGCACCUAUUGGCCCCCAAUUUCUCUCAGGCUGCGGUCGACCGGGCGUUCAGCCACAUUGUUUUAAACAAUGAGUCUAGACUGUUCGACGCCCUGAGUCGGUGCAGAGAGACAAGCAGACCAAGCAAUCUUCUAGGCACAGCGCUUCGACACCACUUUCCGCAACGCGCGGGCCUUUAUAAGCUCCCCUUCAACCCAAAUUGGCACAACAAAUCAGGCCAAGGCUACGGACAUAUCGUCGUGGAAGAGCUGGGCAACAAAGUCUACCCUGAGCGAGAGGCAAUUGAAGAAAUGAGAUGCCUCAUUGCAAAAGGGUUGAGGCUUGACUUGCGAGACAAUGAAGACAAGACCGUUUUGCAGCGGCUGACGAUGCUCCAAGAAGCUUCGGAAGACGACGACCCCUGGGGAAAACUGCAGAGGUUUCUGAUGCAUUCCCGACUAGCAGAGAUAACAGAUGAGAUCUAA